CCCUCAACUCUACCCCUCCCGUCUCUCUCUCUCUCGCUUCACCAUUAGUUUCUCUCUCUAUAUCUAUAUAUCCCCAAAUCUAGAGAAGCCCCUUUCUCUCUUUCUAUAUAUAUAUAUAUAUAUAUAUAUACCUUCAAUUCUUUAAUGGAUAAAUCCUCCUUCGAUUCGAAUAUUCAGUUUCGUUCAUUCAUAUCGAUUCAAUCUCAGCCCACCCAUCUCUUGUCAAAAUCUUUCAAUUGUAAGCUUCCUACUCAAUCUUGUACCUCCUUCUGACAAUACAAACCACGAGGAGGACCUCUUCCCUUAGAAAUGGGGAAAAAACGUAAUUCUAAAUCUAAGAAUGCUGCUGCCAUGUUCGACAGUGAAGAUGAUGAUAGUAUAAGUUCGUCAUCGACUGCCCGCUCCGACCUUAUGCUGGUCUCCGGUGCUGAAGAAGUGCAGCUCGAUAAAGAGACUUUGCUUGAUCAAUGCAUAGAUGCUUUAUAUGAGAAAAGGGGCUCCACAAGAGAGAAGGCUCUUUCAACAAUUUUAGAGGCUUUUAAUUCUGACAUACAGCAUGAGUUUGUUGAAAAGAAGUUUGCUACAUUACUGCAUCAAUGUCUGAAUUCCAUUAAACGGGGUUCUGCGAAAGAGAUAUCUUUAGCAGCUCAUGCAAUUGGAUUGUUGGCUCUAACCACUGGUCCUGGGGACAAAGCCCAAGAGAUAUUGGAAGAAUCAGUUUCUCCUAUAUCACAGGCUCUCAAGUCUCGGUCUGAAUCAUCGAAGAUAUCAUCGUUAUUGGAGUGUUUGGCUAUUAUCACAUUCAUUGGUGGAAAUGACCCAGAGGAAACAGAGAAAUCAAUGCAAUUGAUGUGGCAAGUGGUUCAUCCAAAACUUGGUUCGAAUGUUGUUGCCACGAAGCCUUCCCCAGCAUUGAUAACAGCAGUGGUGUCGGCUUGGUCAUUUCUUCUUACAACAAUGGAUGGAUGGAGCCUUAAUCCUAAAAAUUGGCAAGAGUCAAUUUCUUAUUUUUCCAGUCUGCUGGAAAAGGAUGACAGAUCUGUACGCAUUGCAGCUGGCGAAGCACUUGCUUUAAUUUUUGAGAUCGGAAACCUGGAGAAGUUCUCUGGUGAAGCUAAUGCUUCUGGUGAACUGAAUAAUUCUAAGGGGUUUGCACAUAUACAGGGACUAAGGGGAAAAAUUCUAAAUCAAGUGAGAAAUCUUUCCGUGGAGGCAGGUGGUAAGGGUUCUGCUAAAAAAGAUCUCAACAGUCAGCGGAACUUGUUUCGAGAUAUCUUGGAAUUUCUUGAGGGUGGUUAUAGUCCGGAAACUUCAAUGAAGAUUGGUGGAGAAUCUCUAAGCACGACAACAUGGUGUCAACUGAUACAGUUGAACUUUACAAAGCAUUUUCUUGGGGGAGGAUUUGUGAAGCACAUGCAGGAAAAUGAAUUUCUUCAUGAUGUUUUUGGGUUCACACCAAAGAAAAAACAAUUUUCCGGAAUUGAGCAUCGUGUAACUGCCAGUGAAAAGAGAUUGUACAAGUCACAAAACUCGAUCCUUAAUAAGGCAAGGACACAAUCAUUGAACAAGCAACGAAUGUUGUCCCAGGACAGGAAUACAGGGCACUAUGCUGUUGGUUUGCCCAACGAGGAAGCUUGAAGUGGACUCGGCAAGAAUCAAAUGACUACGGUCGGUCUACCUGAAUAUUAGCUUCAUUUAAUACCACCCCAAUCGGUGUUCUUUUGGGAAUGGAAAUCAUUUGUUGUCCUUUCUAAUGGGACUCUCUCAUGAAAAUGCCAAUGGUACUUUGAUAACAGAUUCAUCAUGUUGUAACUCUGUGCAACCUUUCCCUUCAAAGUAUAAAUAAUGGAAAAUUGAUGUUUGUCAA